UGGAAUUAGUAAUAUUCAUAAACAUCACAAUAAGUUCUCAUAUUAUUAGCAUGAAUUGUCACAACUUAAAUUUUAUUCGACGUAUAAAAAAAUGACAUAACAAGUAUUUCUAGUGACACAUCAAAGUGAGGGGACAAAGUGUUACUCCAACGGAUGUAAAUAUUGCCUACUAGUAGUAAUAUGAUAUUUUUAAAUGUCGCGAGAAACUGCUUUUAAUGUGACACUUAUAAAUGUCGUGAAAAUGACAUUUAGUGAUUUUUAAAAACGUCGCUUGAAAGUUGAAAUGAGAAGAUUUAAAUGUCACAAUAACCACAUUUGCGUGACAUGUAAAAGCGCCGAAAAAAUUAUUUCUUGUGACAAUGUAUACGUCGUAGUAAACGUCGUAAAAACCAUUCACCAACGUUUCUUGUAAAUGUUAGUAAAAUAUGAAACGACGGAACUUAAAGCGACAUUUCUACGACGCUUCCAAAAUUGUCGGUGUAGACUUGUUGUGACGUUUUUUUGGCUUAAAGCGACGCCUCCGAUUCGUCUCAAGAGACCAUUUCUGUUGUAGUGGAAAGCUCAUUUUCGGUGCUGCUUCUACUGGGAUGAGUCGCCUGCAGGUGCCAUUUCCGCCGGCUGGAGCUUCUCGCGUCGGGGAAGAUUCCGUCUCGCAGAUGAUGGCGACGUGGGGCUGGCGACUCCACCCAGGAAAAUGUGCGGCUGGAGCUUCUCUGCUGGAGGAGAAAUCGAGAAGGGGAAAGCUCGAACGCGGGGUUGGCGAGGCGUGGGGCUGGCGGAGGAAGACGAUGGGGCUGGUGGUGGUUUGGGUGGAGAAGGAAGUGGCGGCCGAUGGGUCUGUUGGAGGAAGAGGGAGAUGUCGGCUGGGCUGCGAGGAGUCGAGUGAGGUCGAGCGAGGAGUUCUUCUAGGUUAUGGGUGAAAGAUUUGGGUAAAAAACGGCGUCGUAGGAUCAAGGAGGAAAAAGAAAAAAAAAUGUGGUUGCGGUGAUUCGAACGCGGGCUCUCAUUAAUAGCUAGCGCGCGAUUUCCGCUGGGAAACGGGGGAAUAACCCGUCCCCUUACUUAUAGAAAACGACUAUUUAUUGUUUAUCCACACCUUUCCCAUUUGUAACAAUUGAUUUUUUCCAACGAAAACGAGAGGACAAGUGAACACGUUUUUUGUCAUUUGUUUCUUGUUUUUUAUUUUUUAAACAAAAAAUAGAAAACGAAAUGGGAAAUGAACAGGGCAUUAGGGU